CUGACGGCAGGGUCGCCCAGCACGCUGCCGGCCGCCCCCAACCAGCGCGCGCACGCCCAGCCCAGCCGGCUGCAGACACGCGCUCGCUCUGCCUCCCCCGGCCGGCCCACCACUCCGCCGCCACCCCAGAAUCCCCAAGGGUCCCGCAUCCGGAAAGUGAGACCACCCAUCUGCACAUUUCCCCACCUCUGCACAUCUCUCUCCCGGCCUCUGCUCCAGCCUCGGUUCUCCGCUCAGCCUGGAGGCCCCAUCGCACCUUCUAAACGCACCAUGCCGGCCCUCCAGCUCCUCGGGACUCUCCUGCUCCUGGCCUCGACCGCUGGCCAGGCCGGGGCGCGCCCGUCCAACGCCACGAGCGCUGAGCCCCCGGGCCCGCUGCCUGCCCUGCUGGCGCACCUGCGGCGCCUGACCGGGGCCCUGACGGGCGGCGGAGGCGCCGCGGGCGCGGGCGCCAACAGCACGAGGACCAGCCCCGCGAGCGGGACAGGCGCGGCCGCACGGGCGCCCCCUCCGGCGGAGCUCUGCCACGGCUACUACGACGUCAUGGGCCAGUACGAUGCCACCUUCAAUUGCAGCACUGGCUCCUACCGCUUCUGCUGCGGCACCUGCCACUACCGCUUCUGCUGCGAGCACCGUCACAUGCGCCUAGCGCAGGCCUCCUGCUCCAACUACGACACGCCACGCUGGGCCACCACGCCGCCGCCACUGGCCGGGGGCGCUGGGGGCGUCGGGGGUGCGGGCGGGGGCCUCGGGCCCGGCCAGGCCGGGUGGCUAGAAGGGGGCCGGGCAGGGGGCGCUGGGGUACGUGGGGGUGAGGGCCCCGGGGGCAGCACGGCCUACGUAGUGUGCGGGGUCAUCAGCUUCGCCCUGGCCGUAGGCGUCGGCGCCAAAGUGGCCUUCAGCAAGGCGUCCCGUGCGCCCAGGGCACACCGGGAGAUCAACGUGCCCAGGGCUCUGGUGGACAUUCUGAGGCAUCAGGCUGGACCUGGGACCCGCCCAGACCGGGCACGAAGCAGCUCCUUGACUGCAGGGGUCGGAAUUCCCGACAGCAUGGCCCCAAGAACACCCAAGAGCCUCUACAACACCAUGAAGCCCUCCAAUCUCGACUGGAGGGCCGCCCCACCACCCAGCCCCUCGUUGCAUUACUCCACACUCUCCUGCUCUCGGUCCUUCCACAACCUCUCUCAUCUGCCCCCAUCCUACGAGGCUGCCAUGAAAUCCGAACUCAACCGCUACUCCUCUCUCAAGAGGCUGGCCGAGAAGGACCUGGACGAGGCCUACCUGAAGCGCUGGCACCUGGGGGAGAUGCCCCGCGGGACGCUGCCCCUGCACACGCUGCAGCGACCCGGCACUGGGGGCGGCUACCGCAUGGAUGGCUGGGGCGGUCACGAGGAGCUGAACCUGGCGCCCGCGCCCAACCCGCGCAGGGUCAUGUCCCAGGAGCACCUGCUGGGCGAUGGGGGCCGGUCGCGCUACGAGUUCACGCUGCCGCGAGCGCGCCUGGUGUCGCAGGAGCACCUGCUCCUAUCGUCACCCGAGGCCCUGCGCCAGAGCCGCGAGCACCUGCUGUCGCCCCCGCGCAGCCCCGCGCUGCCUCCGGAGCCCGCCUCCCGCGCCGGCCUGGCUGCCUCCCACUCCAACCUGCUGCUGGGGCCCGGGGGGCCCCCCACGCCUCUGCAUGGGCUGCCCCCGACGCCCGGCCUGCACGCGCACCACCACCACGGCCUGCACGGCUCUCCGCAGCCCGCCUGGAUGGCAGACGCCGGCGGGGGCGGGGGCACGCUGGCCCGCAGGCCGCCCUUCCAGCGCCAGGGCACGCUGGAGCAGCUGCAGUUCAUCCCGGGCCAUCACCUGCCCCAGCACCUGCGCACCGCCAGCAAGAACGAGGUGACUGUCUGAGGCCAGGCCGGGGCCUUAGGGGCUGCGGCCUCGCGGGGCCCCUGUCUCAGCCUGGAACCCCCAACACACUCCGGGGGCCCGGGACCCAGACGGGCCUGUGGCCCGGAGGGUGGGGCUCCCUCCAAGGACACUGCUUUGAAUGAAACUCUGGCCAGACGCAAGGCCUUCUUCUAAAAUGUCACAGACGACAUCCCUCCUCCUACAAACUUGUUUGAGGCCAGACCUCCUUCCCAUGACGUCAUCACAGAGGGAGAGGCCUGCCUGGGAGGUUAUCACUAACUGUGUCAACGCAGGGACCAGAUCUUCCCCUGCGUCACAGAGGAGUGCACCGGCCCCUGAGGUCAUCACUAGAGGCCACGUUCCAUGACGUCACCACAAAGACUUCUUGUGAUGUAAUAGCAAUGACAAUGCCUUGUCCCCCUGACAUUAUCCUUAGAGACAAAGCUUCCUUCCUGUGAUGUCACUGCAGAGACCAGUCUCACCCUUAUGACAUCAUCCCUGGCACCAAAAGGCCCCUUUUGACAUCAUCCUCUCCAGGAAAACAUUUUUCCCCAGAGAAGAUGCCUCUGUCUAUGAUGUCAUCACUGCAGACAAAGCCAUCUUGUUGGGACACAAUGUGUGUGACUUUACUAGACUUAAGGCCUCCUUUUCACCACAUCCUCACAGGGACUCUGCCUCCUUCCUGUGACACCAUCACCAGAGAAGGUGCCUUGCCCUAUGACAUCAUCAGAGGGACUGUGCCUCUCCCUGGGGCGUCACUGCCAAAGGCGGGAGCCCUUCUGUGAUGUCAGCACUAGACUGUCUGCUCUGAGAUGACACCUGAGACACCUCACUGCUGUUGCCCCGUCACACAAAGGCAUGGCACGCCCAGAGUCCAUGAGAAAAGUGCCCUGUCCUGAGUUGGCGCCUGAGGGAUGUCAUCACUGGGGAAGCUACCUCGUCUAGAAAGGUCUCCCCAGAGGUGACGGAGUGCCCAUAGGUUGUGAGGAGUGAGGACCCCACCCUCCUGUCUCGGGCUCUGCCCCAGUGCUGUGAUGUCCUCACCGGAGACUCUGCCCGCUCUGGAGGGCCAUCGCAUGUGAUGGUGUCACCAGUUUCUGCCUUGCCCUACCAUGACUUAGUGUGGUCACUCCUUCCCCUGACCCCAGGGACGUGCCCCGCAGGAUCUUGGCCAGAUGCCCCCUGCGGAGGGAGGCUGGGCCUUGGGCCCCACCCCUGCGCAGGGCUGUCACCUCCUGUGUGCUUUCCCGGACUCCCAGACUGGCCCACCUGCCUCCCGGAGUCCGGAGACUCAGAGGUGUCCCAACGGCCAGCACCAAGUGUCUCUGCCAUAACUAGAGACAUCAUUGCCUCUAUCGACCG